AUGGAAUCCUCCGAGCACGAAGCUGCGUCGGCGCUGGGCAGUGCCUCCGCUGUUGACUCGGUCCCGGCCGAAGUUGCUUCGGUGCAUGGCUCUAACGCUGGGGAGUCGCCUGUGGAGGGCGUGCUUUCCGGUGUGGGACCCAACGCCGAGUCUGCCAAACAGGUUGCUCGUGAAAAGGGAUGGACUGAUCCAGUUCCUUUCGAGUAUGCUGAGCUUGCUAAUAGUAAGGAUCACCGUGACUGGGCAGGAGUUGCCGUUCGUUAUGAAUGGAAGGAUGAAUAUGGUGAUGUGGGCCCUGCCGUCCCUGAGUUGGAGGAGCAGCUUUUCCGUGGCGACCUGAUCAUUCGCCCUGGCGCUAAGCUCGACGAACUCAACAGCUACGAGGUCAACAUCGAGAGUCCCAAUGAGAUCAGCGCGGUUACCGAGUGGGUGAACUUCGGUCUGCAUCCCGUCAUGCUUGAUAAUGUUCGUCUCUGUGGGUACGCACAGCCCACUGCGGUGCAGUCGUAUGCAAUCCCGGCUGUUCUAAACAACUUGGAUCUUAUCGCUGUUGCUCAGACUGGUUCUGGAAAGACGGGGGCCUUCCUCAUUCCCAUUCUUUCCAAGUUGAUGGGUAAGGCAAGGAGGCUGGCUGCUCCUCGUCCCAAUACCGCAGAGAGAUUCAACCCAAGGGAGGACGCCGUUCGAGCAGAGCCUCUCGUCCUGAUUGUUUGCCCCACUCGCGAGUUGGCCACUCAGAUCUUUGAUGAAGCACGUCGUUUGUGCUAUCGUUCCAUGCUGCGUCCGUGUGUCGUUUAUGGCGGUGCUCCUACACGUCUCCAGCGCGAGGAACUUCAGAAAGGUUGCGAUAUCUUGAUUGCUACCCCCGGCCGUCUCAUUGAUUUCAUGGAACAGACUCACGUUCUUUCUCUCCGCCGCGUUAGGUACACUGUCAUUGACGAGGCAGACGAAAUGCUUGACUCUGACUGGGAAGGCGAGUUCAAGAAGAUCAUGUCUGGAGGAGAUAUGAACGAGGAUGAUGACCAUCGCUACCUGAUGUUCUCCGCUACCUUCAACAAGGAGUUCCGGAAGCUUGCAAAGCAAUAUCUCAGCCAGGACCAUGUGCGCCUUCGUGUUGGCCGAGCUGGUAGCUCGCACCACAACGUUGUGCAGGAUGUCGUCUGGGUUGAUAAGGACAAGAAGAUGCGCGCAAUCUACGACCUGUUGAUCAGCAUGCCACCUGUUCGCACCUUGAUUUUUGUCAACAGCAAGGAGCAGGUUGACUUUGUCGAUGAUUACCUCUACAACUCUGGAAUGCCUACCACUUCGAUUCACGGUGGACGGACCCAGCGUGAGCGCGAGGAUGCCAUGCGUGCCUUCCGAUCUGCAAAGUGUCCUAUCAUGGUUGCUACUGGUGUCUCUGCCCGUGGACUUGAUGUGAUCAAUGUGCUCCACGUCGUGAACUAUGAUCUCCCCAGCAGUAUGCACGGAGGUAUUACUGAAUACAUUCACCGUAUUGGCCGUACUGCUCGCAUUGGCAACGAAGGAAUUGCGACGUCCUUUUACAAUGAUCGUGAUGAGGGCAUUGCCGAGGAUCUGGUGAAAAUCUUGAUCGAAUGCAAGCAACCAGUUCCAGAAUUCCUCGAAUCGUACCGCCCCGCUGGUGAUGUGCUGGAGUUUGAUGACGACUCUGAUAAAGACUUCUUCGAUAAUCCAUCUAACGCUGGUUCUGAUGCUGGCAUUGAUGCUCGCUCUGACGCUGAGGCCGAAGCAGGAUCUGCUGUUGCUGAAUCCGGUGCGGCCGAUGAGAGUGAUAAGGCGAUUGCAAGCGAUGCCGAAGAUGCCAACAAGGACACUGUCAAUGAUGAUGAGUCCGCUCCCAUUGAAGAACCCGUCAUUCCCAAGCCGGGUGGUAAAUCCAAGUCGGAGGGCACUUCCACAUGGUGGGGACCCGCAGCAACAACGAGUGAGCACAAGACGGAGCGCAAGACCGAGCACAGGGUGAAGUCUCAUCCGGAGGAAGCUCCUCGGACUGGUCUGUAUUCUUCUGGCUGGGCCCCUAAGGAUCCGUCUCCCGAGGAGGAUGAUGCAUUCUGGAGGUAG